UUUCGAGAUUUAUCUAACGAUGGAUGAGGAUUUCUGUCCCAUACCCCAAUUGGAAAAACAUGGGGAAUUCUUGGAGAAAGUUGUCGAACUGAUGUUUAAAAACGUGAUAUUCACCACAAGACAAGAUAAGGUCUUAUUGUGGCAAAAUCCUGAUCAACUGCAGCAACAAUUUGAUUUAAGUUUAAAACAAAAUGGUGAAACGCACGAAGAACUGAUAAAUCUCCUGAAAAAUACAAUCAAAUUUAGCGUUAAAACAGGACAUCCUUAUUUUAUAAAUCAACUAUUCUCUGGACUUGAUCCAUAUGGAUUAGCUGCGCAAUGGUUGACAGACUCGCUGAAUGCUAGUGCUUACACUUACGAAGUAGCUCCGGUCUUUACUCUCAUGGAAAAGCAAAUUAUAAAGGAAGUGUGUCGUAUGAUCGGGCCGAAUUGGAAAGAUGGACUUUUUUGUCCGGGAGGCUCUUUUGCAAACGGACUGGCGAUGAAUUUGGCUCGAUAUCAGCGUUAUUCGAAAGUUAAGGAAAAUGGAAUGUUUCGCCUUCCACAUUUGAUAAUUUUCGCGUCUGAAGAAUGUCACUAUUCGAUUUUCAAAUUCGCCGCGUUUUUGGGUAUCGGAGAAGAAAACGUUUGUCGUAUAAUGACAGAUGACAUAGGAAGAGUCAUAUGCAGUGACCUAGAACUGAAAAUCGAACAAACUGUUAAAGAAGGAAAUAUUCCGAUAUUAGUAAUCGCGACUUUAGGAACGACAGUUCGUGGUGCUUUCGAUCCAAUCAAUGAAAUAGCUGACAUUUGUACAAAAUACGAGAUGUGGCUUCAUAUCGAUGCCGCAUGGGGUGGUGGGCUUAUUUUUUCUCAAAAGCACAGGGCUAAGCUUAAUGGUAUCGAACGAGCUGAUUCUAUGGUGAUCAAUCCACAUAAACUCUUAGCAGUUCCUCAACAAUGUUCACUUUUAUUAGUGAAAGACAGCGAUAUUUUGUACAAGUGUUAUUCAAGAGAAGCUGAAUAUCUGUUCCAAAAGGAUAAACAUUAUGACAUAAGUUACGAUCUGGGCGAUAAAUAUUUGCAAUGUGGAAGGAAAUGUGAUGUAUUCAAAUUUUGGUUCAUGUGGAAGGCAAAGGGCUCCUCUGGUUUUGCUAGUCACAUUGAUGCAUUGAUGGACAUAGCUGAGUACUUUGAAAAACAAGUUAACCACAGAUCGGAAUUUCUAUUAGUUUCUCAGAGGCAGUAUAUGAACGUUUGCUUCUGGUAUAUACCGAGAUAUUUGAGAGGCAAAUCUAAUAUUGCGGAAAAUUUCGCACAACUUCAAAAGGUGGCACCCCAAAUACGAGCUGUGAUGAUCCAACACGGUUCUGUCAUGUUAGGUUAUCAGCCGUUGAAAAUAUUCCCAAAUUUCUUUAGAUUUGUUUCACAAAAUUCUGCUUUAAACAAAACGGACGUGGAUUUUAUAUUGGAUCACAUCCAAGAAAUUGGUGAUGCCAUUUUCAAAUGAACAUAUAUAAAAUAUUAUAAUGUAAAGUAGGCGUAGUUCAAUCAUUUAUUCUCUAUAUUAUACAGAGCGUUGAGAUAUUUAGGUUUGUGAAUGGGACAUUUUCCGUUCAUUGUUGUAUCACGCACCCCAGCUGAAAGUUAUUGAUUUGUUAUUUGUUCAGUUAGAAUUUUCCAGAAAAAAUUAUAAAAAAAAAUCACAUCUAGUAUAAAAAAUAUUUAUUAACUUAACUGAAAUAAUAUAAUAAAUAAAUAUGACCAA